AUGCGUAGGUUUUCAUUUAGUCUCCUCAUCGCUUAAAAUCCUUAAUUGGUUCCAUACUGACCAAGCUUCGAAGAGGAAUAUGUAUGAAAAAUGGGACACCUAACAUAAACAUAGCUGAACCUGUGUCUAGGCUAUACCAUGACGGCAAUCGAUACUGACGUGGGUGCGGCAUCAAGGAUGUUUGACGUAAACGUUCUAGGGCCGAUGCGAAUGGUUCAUCAUUUCCACGACCUACUCAUAACCUCCUCUGGCACUAUCGUGAACAUCGGCUCAGUUGGCGGUAUAGUUCCUUACGUUUAUGGAUGUGAGUUAAACAGCAACAGAGAAAUGGAACUCCAAAACCGUUUCGGUUUAACUGAUCCCGAACCGUUCAGCAUCGUAUAAUGCAACCAAGGCUGCACUUCACCACUGGAGUGAUACUUUACGUGUGGAGAUGGCACCACUACGGUAUGUUGAACUUCAUGCAAUACCCUACAGUCCUGUUGCCGGCUAA